AUGCUGAAACUGAAUGCCACUGGUAAGGUGCCGCGCCGGAUUGCGUGCACCACAGGGUGCGGGUUCCAUUCCGGAGCGCCCAGCUUGGUCCACGAGCACACCGGCCACUGGUCCAUAGUAGCACUGUCCCAAGGGGGGUUCCCUUGUCCUGAUCCCUUAAGAGCUAGACGUCCUCCCCCACCUCCGAGGCACAUCCUCAUCCACCCGUACGUGCCUUGGAUCACCGCAGCUAUCACAGGGAAAGCAGUAGGAGCCUUCGCGAAAGAUGACCCUUUCGGGUUCAUAAUGCCACGCGCGUCUAUUUACGAUCGCAUCGGUCACGGCUGGCUCGGCCACUGGUGGAUGGGUGGGCUGCGUUGCUACGACAGAGGCGAGGCGGCAGACGAUAUAUUCAAGUUCUACCACGAGAUAUUCUCUAUCAAGCCUACAUCGUUCACUUACAUGAGUUAUUACCUUGAGAUAGAUAGUGCUCAAAAUACUUUGAUCAUCUGUGUAAAGGUGGGUAUGCCUUAUCAGUUAGGCAAACCCAGAGUAUGGGAGCUGGAUACGCCUGUUGUGAAGGUGAGGGUGCCGCUGCUGACAUUUAAGUUUAUGUACCAGAUGCAAGUGGAGGCGUGGGCUUACAAUGCUACCUCGUCUUCCACUAGCGAAGAGGAGAGCAGCAGCUCAGAGGAGGAAGAGGAGGAGGAGGAGGACGAAUAUUAUUAAUUAUUACGACGCCGAUUGACCGUAGACCUGUUUCUACCAACGGAAAUUUGGAAAAUUUUGGAUCGUUCUUAUAAUUUUGUUCAAAUCGUAUCGAUGAAGAUAAUCUGUGCAUCACGGGGUGUCAGGUUCUAUUUCCGUUGCAUUAUUCUUAUAUAAACCGGUUUCUUUGGAGCCAUAUCAUUGUGUGGCGGCGUAGCUCCUAGAUGAAUGAACCUAUUUGAGUGCGGUUUUUAUCGAAAGCCUUGUUACUGUAGUUCUUUACUAUGUUUUAUGAAAAUCGUAUUACCAGUCUUUAAGUGGUACAAGCACGAUGCCAAAACGAGGUAGCUAUUAUAUAUGGUUAAGGAUUGGGUUGAUUUGAUUAAUGUCUUUUUAUUUGAUAGCCUCUUUCGUCAAGAUAAUUUUGAGAUACAUUUUUUAUUUAUUUUAUUUCUGAAUGUAUAAUUUAUUAUCUGUUUAUUGUUUUUUAUGGAUGCUUGUAAUUUUCUCUUCAAUAUUUCUUUUGCUGACGUGUUGGCAUUUGUCAUGUUGAAGUUCCGUUUAGGUAAAUUAAGGAGUGAUUUUACUAAAUAA